AUGACCGGCGAGACGGCGACCGCACCAGCAGUGAAAGCGGUGGCAACAACGGCUGCAGUCGAUGAGAAGUCAAAGUUUGCUGUACCCGAUUGGGCAAGUCGACCACCACCUGGAUCACAUUUGGAUGUUUGCAAAGGGGAACAACUGAUACAGAAGCUGAUGGUAGAUGAAAAACGAGCAUACUAUUUCGGUCGGAAUCCCAAGCAGGUCGAUUUCGCUGUUGAGCAUGCAUCAUGCUCCAGAGUACACGCUUUGUUGCUCUAUCACGGUAUCCUGAAGCGAUUCGCUCUGGUUGACAUGGAGAGCAGUCAUGGUACGUAUUUGGGGAACAUACGUCUGGAACCGCUGAGAGUGGUUUUCGUUGAUAUCGGUGUGCCGUUUCACUUUGGAGCGUCAACGAGAAGGUUCGUUUCGUUUAAGUUUAUGUGUCUUUGUCAGGGAGAAUGA